CGAGUCCCUUCGGUUCCUGAGUUCUGGUGCUUAGCAUCUUGGCGAGAGCGGGGACGUGGACUGUUUUGCACACCGCAAUUUGGGAGGGAUUUUUUUCUCUUCUCCCCAAGGAAAAACAGACUUUUUUAAAGGAUGAUGCCUCUCCACUGGUGUCUGCUGUGGCUGCUGUUACCACUUAGCUCAAGGACCCAAAAGUUACCCACACGAGAUGAAGAACUUUUUCAGAUGCAGAUCCGGGACAAGGCAUUUUUCCAUGAUUCAUCAGUAAUUCCAGAUGGAGCUGAAAUUAGCAGUUAUCUCUUUAGAGACACACCUAAAAGGUAUUUCUUUGUGGUGGAAGAAGACAAUACUCCGUUAUCAGUCACAGUGACUCCCUGUGACGCGCCGUUAGAGUGGAAGCUGAGUCUCCAGGAGCUGCCAGAGGAGGCAAGCGGCGACGGCUCAGGUAACCCCGAACCUCUGGAGGAGCAGAAGCAGCAGGUCAUUAAUGAGGCAGGCACCGAGUUAUUCUCCUACAAAGGCAACGAUGUGGAGUAUUUUAUAUCUUCUAGUUCGCCAUCUGGUCUCUACCAGUUGGAACUUCUUUCAACAGAGAAAGACACACAUUUCAAAGUCUAUGCCACCACAACUCCCGAGUCUGAUCAGCCCUACCCGGAAUUGCCUUAUGACCCAAGAGUAGAUGUGACGUCCCUGGGGCGCACCACAGUCACGCUGGCCUGGAAACCAAGCCCCACAGCCUCUCUGCUGAAGCAGCCCAUUCAGUACUGUGUGGUCAUCAACAAAGAGCACAAUUUCAAAAGCCUUUGUGCUGUAGAAGCAAAGCUGAGCGCAGAUGACGCUUUUAUGAUGGCACCCAAACCUGGUCUGGACUUCAGCCCCUUCGACUUCGCCCACUUUGGGUUUGCUUCGGAUACUUCGGGGAAAGAACGCAGCUUCCUGGCAAAGCCUCCUCCCAAACUGGGGCGCCAUGUGUAUGCUAGGCCCAAGGUGGACAUCCAGCAGAUCUGCAUAGGAAACAAGAACAUCUUCACGGUGUCGGACCUGAAACCAGACACGCAGUUCUAUUUUGACGUCUUCGUGGUCAACAGCCGUAGCAACACAAGCACCGCCUACGUGGGCACCUUCGCCAGGACCAAGCAGGAGGCCAAGCAGAAGACGCUGGAGCUCAAAGAUGGGAAAGUUGCAGAUGUAUUCAUUAAGAGGAAGGGAGCAAAGUUUUUACGAUUUGCUCCAGUUUCUUCUCACCAGAAAGUCACCUUCUUCAUUCACUCCUGUCUGGAAGCCAUCCAAAUCCAAGUCAGAAGAGAUGGGAAACUUCUUCUGUCCCAGAAUGUGGAAGGCAUACGGCAGUUUCAGCUGAGGGGGAAACCUAAGGCAAAGUAUCUCAUCCGACUGAAAGGAAACAAGAAAGGGGCCUCCAUGUUAAAAAUACUAGCUGCCACAAGGCCCAGCAAGCAGUCAUUUCCUGCCCUCCCCGAAGACACAAGGAUCAAAGCCUUUGACAAGCUCCGCACCUGCUCUUCGGCCACCGUGGCUUGGCUGGGCACUCAGGAAAGGAACAAGUUCUGCAUCUACAAAAAGGAAGUGGCUGAAAACUACAAUGAAGACCAGAAGAAGAGAGAACAAAACCAGUGCCUAGGACCGGAGACAAGGAAGAAAUCGGAAAAGGUCCUCUGUAAAUAUUUCCACAGUCAAAACCUGCAGAAAGCAGUAACCACAGAAACAAUUAAGGGUCUUCAGCCUGGAAAAUCUUACCUACUGGAUGUUUAUGUCAUAGGACAUGGGGGCCACUCUGUGAAGUAUCAGAGUAAAGUCGUGAAAACCAGAAAGUUCUGUUAGUUUCCUUGUACAGAAUGAUGUGACAUAAAACUCCAGAAGAGACAUUAAAUCCCUUUAAGUAUAAACUGAGCACUCCCACAACUGAGAGAAGUUGUGACCUAUACCUGUUCUGUGGAAGGAAGGAUAUCAACUAGUGUUCUCUGAUGUUUGUACGAGUAACUGUUGGAGGACACUUGCCCUAGUGUGCGCCAGUGGUACCUAGUGUGUGAGGCCCACUGAUGUCAAACAUAGAGGACAUUUAGAAGGAGCUGCCAUCCCUUGCUUUGACCACUGCAUGAACUGCUUCUAAAUUAUUUUAUUACCUAAAAAUUUAAAAUAUGCCAUUCAUUGCACACAUCCACAAAUGCAAAUCUUUCCUCUCUGUAGAUGCUAGGAUAUAUAUAAAUUAUUUUAUAAAGUCUUGUUUUAAAUGUCAGUGUUUCUAUGAUUGUAAACUAUUAAAUUCUUCUCCUGUUAAAGUACAGAUAUAAUCUAAAUAUAUUAAGUGGAUGGUCCUCUAGUCAGUUAUGUUGCAUUGUAAAUUCUUAUCUGUUGAGUAAAAUGUUUAAAUACUGUAUGUAUCUCAUGUACAAAGUUGACAUACAUUAUAUUCCUGUACAUAAAAUUAAAGAUAUUAGAUUAUA